CGAGUACAUCAGGGCCCCAACAAGGCAGAACUUCCAAACUUCCAUAUACAAAACCCAUUCUUAUAUUGUUACAUCCUACAUUCCCUCCACGAAUCCUUUCAAGCCUCUCUUCCCUCGUAGCCUCGACGGCUAUUACAUCAAAACCACUUAUUCAAUUAUGGCUUCGCUCAAUACGUCGACCAAUGGCCCAUCAAUCCGGUCCAGUUACCAAGGCGUCGUCCAGGCACCCCCUCCAACUGGAGCCGCUGCGAACUCCCCGACUUAUGCGCAGUGGGCAAUCUUCUCCGUAUCUGCGCCUCUCGUAAAUGCCUUUCAGCAGGACUCCGGCUCGAAGGAAAGUGUGUUGAAAGUCCAGGAUACUGGAGAGGGCGAACUUCAAGAUCUCAUCGAGGAUUUCUCAGAGGGCCGGAUACAGUUUGCUUUCGUGAAAGUGAAGGACUCGAACUCCGCGUUACCAAAAUCUGUCCUCAUAGGAUGGUGCGGCGAAGGAGUCCCCGAGAGGACAAAGGGCUACUUUACCAGCCAUCUAGCAGCAGUGUCAAAGAUAUUACACGGGUACCAUGUCCAGGUUACGGCACGAUCAGACCGAGACCUUACCCCGGAAGGCAUUAUCCAGAAGGUCGCUGAUGCUUCAGGCUCGAAAUACUCAGCGGGAAGUGCCUCAGCUGCUCCCACUGCUGCUCCAGCGGUUGCAUCGAAGCCCGUAUUCACUCCCACACAGAGCGGCGCCGGUUCGUCCUACAACCCAUUGGGAGGCGCUGCCUCAAGAAAGACUGGCCGAGACAGCAAUGUGGAUGAAGACGGUUGGGGCGCAGAUGCCCCUCAAGUUAGCAGGUCACAAAUCGAAAAAGUGCCAUCGGCUUAUCAACCAACCAAGGUCAACAUGGCCGAACUUACCAAACAGAAGCAAGAGCCUUCGAGAUUCAACAAUGCCCCGCAACAGCCCGAUGCCGACUCUGGCGAUGUGGUGAGAGGCGGAUACCAGCCAAUUGGAAAGGUUGACAUCGCCGCAAUCCGCGCCAAGGCUAAGAAAGUCGAGGAUGACCGCCCAACAACUGUUAAGGGCGCCUACGAGCCAGUGGGCAAGGUUGACAUAGCUGCCAUAAGGGCAAAGGCCCAAAAGCCUUCCGAUGAGCCUUCGCGCCAUACUUCACCCGCACCUGCGAAGCCGUCUGUUGCUACUGAAGAAAGCGAUGAACCCAAGUCCUUGGCUGACCGCUCCUCCGCCUUCAAGCAGUCUGAGCGUUUGACAUCGCUCCCAAAGCCCAAAGUAGCUAACAAGCUACCUUCAAAUUUCGCAGGCACGAAAGCGCUAACUCCAGGAACUUUUGGUUUGCACUCGGCGGUGACCAAUGCUGCUGCCGCCCCCGCCCCAGUAGGUGUCGCAAGUCGAACAUUUGCAGAUGAGGGCGGCAAGACCCCAGCUCAAAUCUGGGCUGAAAAGAAAGCCAAGGAGCGCGGCACUAGCGGCGCAACAGAAGCCCACGCCCCUGCUGAGCCUGUUACCAGUCAACCCAGCGGUGGUGGUGAAUGGAAGAGCGGAUAUAAGGGGAAGUCAUGGGCUCCGGUUGCUAUCUCCACCACAGCCACUGGCAAAUCCGCAACCAGCGACUUGGAUCAGCAACGGACUGGCGAUCAAGAACAUGACCACGCCCGAGACGAAGAGGAGGCGCCAUCGGCCCCGGCUGGAGGCAUUGGUGCUCUUAAGGAUAGGUUCAAGGGCGCGGCACCAAUGGGUGUUCCGGCAACUGAAGAGACAGAUGCUUCUCCGCCACCUGUGCCAUCUGCGACUAGGCCCACCGGAGGCGUAUCCAUGCCUGGCUUGCCAUCUAGGCCAGCCGCCGCUGAGGAAGACGAAGAUGACAGAGGCCGCCUCCCUUCGCCACCACGCGUUGCACGCAGCCCAACACCACCAACGCCUGAACGGGACGAGUCGCCUGUGAGGAUUGCCAUGCCUGUAUCGCGAGGCAGCGAACCACAUAUCGAAGCUCCAGAGGAGCGUCAUCACGCACCCUCGAUGCCAGUACGCUCGCUCGAGAAAGAAGUCCCCCGUGAAUCGGAACUGCCAGACGAACCCAAGGGCCAAGAUCCAGCCCGUGCCGCUAGUGCUGCUCUCGCCGGAGCUGCCUUUGGCGGAGCUGCAGUCGCCGCAAGCAAGAGCGCCCAGCAAGGCGGGAAGCGCGCAAUUGCACAGUACGAUUAUGAGAAGGCAGAGGACAACGAGAUUGAGCUGCUGGAAGGCGAAUAUGUCACCGAAAUCGACAUGGUGGAUGAUGAUUGGUGGAUGGGCACAAACUCCAAGGGCGAGAGCGGAUUGUUCCCUAGCAAUUAUGUUGAGCUGGUCGAGGACGAUGAGGCUGCUCCAGCUGCUCCUUCAAGGCCAUCCGCCCCUGAGGAGACACAGGCUCCAGCUGCACCCGCUGCACCAGCUGCACCUGCGGCUCCAGAGCCAACUAGCUCCGGACCUACUGCCACUGCCAUUUACGACUACGAGGCUGCCGAGGACAACGAGUUGAGCUUUGAAGAGGAUGCUAAGAUUACAGACCUGGAAUUCCCCGACGAAGAUUGGUGGUUCGGCCACCUUAACGGGAAGUCUGGUCUUUUCCCUUCAAACUAUGUACAGCUUGACGAGAAGUGAAAGAUUCUGUCUGAGUCGGUGUAGCUAGCCAAAAAGAUUCUAUAGAUCCAUUUGUCAUUAUCCGCUGGAGAAAAGUGUGUACUGGAUUUGCACGUGAU